AUGACUUCCAUCUCCGGAUCUCAAUCGGGAGGCAAAUUGGUCCGACUCCGCCGUACCGCCGCCGCCAGAAACCGUACUCCGUACACCCGACCCGUUCCAUCACCGUCUCAGCCUCAGCCUCAAAGCCCUAACUGGCUUUCGCGUUUCGUUAUCUCUCCUUCUCGUUUCAUUGCUUCCGGUGCCGGGAAGAUUCUGUCCUCUGUUUUGGAUCUUGAAUCUUCACCAGGUUCUUCCUCUUCGGCCACUUCGUCUUCUUCUUCUUCGUAUGCUGAUACUAACGCUGAGGAAGUUGGUGAUCUUGAUGAUGUAAGUUACAGCCAUUUGGAAGAUGAAGUUGCAUUAAACGAGGGUGGGACAUCGGAACCUAUUAAUUUAUCCGGGAAGGAGAUCAAGCCAUUAGCUGCAAAUAGCAAAAGCAAGCAUACCAUUGAACAGCUACUUAUGCAGGAGUCAUUCUCAAGGGAAGAAGGUGAUAGGUUGAUUAAAAUAAUAAGAUCAAGAGUUGUGGACUCUCCUUCAAAUGACGAUGGGGUUACGAGACCAAGGGAUAUAUCCAACACAACUCUUGCAAGUGGCUCACCCGAACUCUGUAGCGCUGCUGUUAUGGAGGCAAAGAAAUGGCUGCUGGAAAAGAAGUCUGGAGUAGGUUCAAGUGCUGAUUUAGGUUAUGGAAGUCAUAGUUUGAAUUUGAUUGCAUUACCCCAAGCUCCUGAAGAUGAAGGAUCACCGGUUGAUGUGGCUAAGUCAUAUAUGCGUGCACGCCCUCCAUGGGCAUCUCCUUCUGUAGACCAUACUAAGCCUUCAACACCGUCCGGAAUUCAGCUUUUUAAAGAAGAAACACCACAUCUAUUUGGUGGCAAUUCUACGGCAUCCUUGAAUAAGUAUAAAAGGGAUUCUUCUGCUACCGGGUCAUGGAGUAUUCAGGAUGAGAUAAGAAGAGUUAGAUCCAGGGCAACAGAGGAGAUGCUUAGGACACUUCCUUCCUCAAAAAUUGAUUGGUCUGCAUAUGCUGUAGAGAAUAAAAACUUAACCAGGGGAUUGGGUUCUAAUACCUCUCCAGAUUUGCAGAGUAAACUGGAUAGGCGCCAACCUGAGUCUGUGUUGCCUGAUCCAUCUAAUAUUAUCCUCGAACAGAAUCAGGGAUAUGUAGCUGUUCAGAAAACCAAAGGUACCCAAGAUGACUGCACAGAAUUAACUACAGUACUAAGAGACGGACACAGGGAUGUUAAUGGCAUCAAUGACACAGAUGAGUCUAAGCAUCAAUCAGACCCAGUUGAAGAAACUAAGGAAGUUUCUAAAUCUAGAUUACAAGAUGGAAAUCUCUCAGAAUUAAAAGAGAAGGUUGAAGCAGAAGAUGCAUUAGCAAAUGGAUUCCCCUCUUUAGGUCCCAGUGUCUAUGCAAGGACGGUCACUGAACAGAACUCAAAAAAAUCAAAUAAUGAACCAAGUACUGUUGAUUCAAGUCAGGAGAGGAUAGCUCAGGGUGUUCUUGAGCAAGAGACUUGUAAAAUGUUGCGCGGAUCUACUGAGGUGCCUGAGGUGAGUGUAGACGGUACUGUUGCUUCCAAAGAUGAUGGUGUUGCCACCGGUUCGCAGUCGCAGAACAGCUCCAGUGUACAGUAUGAGGCUCAACAGAACAUUUCUCAGCCAGCUUCAGAAUCAGGUUUGGUAGCCACACCAACUAGUAUUGCUAAACAAAAGGGUAAAAGAUUGACCAGAUACAACAGAAGGGGUAGCAAAGGUGUCAAAUGA